UCUAGUUGUCGUUGCUUUUUUCUUGUAAAUUAUAAAUAAUAUAUAUCAUUAUAUAUUAUUAUAAACUUGUAGAAAAACUGAACAUCAAAUCGCGAUCAUGCUGCGUGCAACAAUUUUUAUGUCCCAACGCGGAAAGCUUAACAAGGCGCUACCUCAAACACGUUUCAACGUGAUUUCCAACAUCAGCAGCCAUCAUGGCAAGAAUUUCCCUUAUAACAUUUUAACAAUUCUGGAGGCGAAGCCUCAAAGUUUGUUGCCGGCACGCGGUUUUGCCACCGGUGAUGACAACACCAAGCCGCCGCCAGCUACUGGCUUUGCCCCAUCCAAUUUGGGUGGCAUUAUUAGUGGCACUGCAGCCCCUAUAGGUGGGGGAGCUGCCGAUGUUCGUGAACCGAACGCUGCCAUUCAGCCGCCCGUUGCUAUAGGCACCGCCAACUUGGUUGGAAGUGUCUCUACCAAUCCCGUGCAAGCGCCAUUUGCCUCUUUAGGCAAGAAUGAUGAUCGCUGCAAGAGUAGCAAGGAAGGUGCUAAGACAACGGUUGUGCCUGCGGGAGCUUCUAAGCCAGUUAAUACGCCGACACCUUCAGUGCCGCCAACGAUGCAGACAACUGCUACUGCAGUGGCUCAGGAGACGCGUGCAUCUAAGGCAGGAGCAACACCAUCGCCACCGGUUUAUCAACAACCAACAACCUCUACUACCUCGACGGAGACUCCGAAGCAAGAGAAUGAUGUGCUUGCAAAUUUGCCCAGCAAGGAGCAGGUUGAGAAAUAUUUCUUUCGUGUGGUCGCCUUUGUCUACGAUGUAACCUAUUUGACCGGCAAUUGGGCCAUACGCUUCAUUGACCAGAACGUUGUGCAAAACGAUUUGGUUAAGUACUAUUGGAAGAAGUUCCAUGAGAAGAUGGAGCAGGCCAAGAAGGACUAAGCACGCAGCAAUGGCUGCCUUUAAAAUUUCAGCAGGAGAGACAUUCUUGUAAACGUUUAACUUGAAUACAAAGCACAAUCAUUUAUUGUUUAUCUCCAAAAA